AUGGCCCGCGGAAUCAAGAAGCACCAGAAGAGGCUCAGCGCUCCCAGCGCUUGGAUGCUUGACAAGCUCGGCGGAACUUACGCUCCCAAGGCCAGCGCCGGUCCUCACAAGGCCCGCGAGUGCCUCCCUCUUAUCGUCUUCAUCCGAAACCGAUUGCGAUAUGCCCUUAACUACCGCGAGACCAAGGCCAUCAUGAUGCAGCGCCUCAUCAAGGUCGACAACAAGGUCCGAACCGACAUCACCUUCCCCGCCGGCUUCAUGGACGUCAUCUCCAUCGAGAAGACUGGCGAGAACUUCCGCCUGAUCUACGAUACCAAGGGCCGCUUCGCUGUCCACCGCAUCCAGGCCGAGGAGGCUGAGUACAAGCUCGCCAAGGUCAAGCGAGUUCAGCUCGGUCGUGGUGGAAUCCCAUUCUUGGUCACGCACGAUGCUAGGACUAUCCGCUUCCCCGACCCCUCCAUCAAGGUCAACGACACCGUCAAGGUCGACCUUGCCACUGGCAAGAUCCAGGACUACGUCCGCUUCGACACUGGUGCCAUCGCCAUGAUCACCGGAGGUCGUAACAUGGGUCGUGUUGGUGUCAUCACCCACCGUGAGCGUCACGAUGGAGGCUUCAACAUUGUCCACCUUAAGGAUGCCAUUGACAACUCGUUCGCUACCCGUGAGAGCAACGUUUUCGUCAUCGGCACUGAGAAGCCCUGGAUCUCCCUCCCCAAGGGCAAGGGUGUCAAGCUCACUAUCGCUGAGGAGCGUGAUCGCCGCCGAGCCCACGCUCACUAA